AUUGUCAAUCUUGUCAACGGCGAACAGUUCUUUCCUCGCUUUUUACAUUCACACAACACUACUCAGCAUUUGUCAACUCUAACUGUUCUUAAUAUUUUUUUAUUCAUUUAUUAAAUUAACCAAAUCGUAAUUUUAUUUCACCCUUUUCUGUGUAACCCUUUUAUACAUUUGAAUUUCUGUUGUUAAAAUUAACCGGAAAAUAUGUCUGAAAAAGCUGAUAUCGCUCUCAUUGGAUUGGCUGUUAUGGGCCAAAACCUUGUUCUCAAUAUGAAUGAUCAUGGUUUUAAGGUAUGUGUUUAUAAUCGUACCGUUGAAAAGGUAACCCGGUUUCUGGAGAACGAAGCUAAAGGAACUCAAAUAAUUGGAGCUAAAUCACUUGAAGACAUGGUUUCUAAGUUAAAGAAACCCAGGAGAAUUAUGCUUCUAGUUAAAGCUGGAUCCGCUGUAGACGAUUUUAUCAAGCAGUUACUUCCUUUCCUGGAGAAAGGUGAUAUCAUCAUUGAUGGAGGAAACUCAGAGUAUCAGGAUACUCAGCGUAGGUGCAACGAACUUAAAUCCAAAGGGUUACUUUUCAUUGGAACCGGUGUUUCUGGUGGUGAAGAAGGUGCUCGUUAUGGACCAUCUCUUAUGCCUGGAGGACACGCUGAUGCUUGGCCACAUGUUAAAGACAUAUUUCAAAGUAUCUCUGCAAAAGUUGGAGAUGAUCCUUGUUGUGAUUGGGUUGGUGACGAUGGCGCUGGACAUUUUGUUAAAAUGGUUCACAAUGGUAUUGAGUACGGAGACAUGCAGCUUAUCUGUGAAGCCUACCAUGUCAUGAAAGACGGUCUAGGAUUGAGUUGUGAUGAGAUGGGCAAAGUUUUCGAUGAAUGGAACAAGGGUGAACUUGAUUCGUUUUUGAUUGAAAUCACUGCUGAUAUUAUGAAAUACAAAGACUCCGAUGGUUCACCUUUAGUAAAUAAAAUUCGUGACUCUGCUGGACAAAAAGGAACUGGUAAAUGGACUGCAAUCUCAGCUUUAGAGUAUGGUAUGCCGGUUACUCUUAUUGGAGAAUCAGUGUUUGCUCGGUGUCUUUCAUCAUUAAAAGACGAAAGAGUAAAAGCUAGUAAAGUACUGAAAGGACCUUCAGAAACAUCAUAUAAAGGAGAUAAAAAAGAGUUCAUUGAGCAUAUACGAAAGGCUCUUUAUGCAUCAAAGAUAAUCUCAUAUACUCAAGGAUUCAUGCUUCUACGUGAAGCAGCUCGUGAAUUGAAAUGGAAACUUAAUUAUGGCGCAAUCGCUCUCAUGUGGAGAGGUGGCUGUAUUAUUCGUAGUGUUUUCCUUGGUAACAUUAAAUCAGCUUUCGAUAAAGAUCCAACUUUAACGAAUCUUUUGAUGGAUCCAUUUUUCCGUGAUGCUAUUCAUACUUGUCAACAAUCAUGGAGAUAUGUUGUAUCGCAGUCCGUUCUUCUUGGUAUUCCAACUCCUGCCUUUAGCACUGCCCUGGCCUUUUAUGAUGGUUACAGAUCAGAAAAGUUGCCUGCAAAUUUAAUUCAGGCUCAAAGAGACUACUUUGGCGCUCACACUUAUGAAUUGUUGUCCAAGCCUGGCGAGUACAUUCACACAAAUUGGACUGGACGUGGAGGAUCAGUUGCAUCAACAACUUAUACUGCAUGAUUUAAACAUAAUGUUAACGUUUUAAAUUAAUAUAAUUGUUGUUUGGUAACCAUUCCUUGUUAUACAAUUAUUUUGUAACGUUGAUCAAACUUGGAACAAGUUAAUUGUUUGUAGCUUCUAAUACACCUACUUAUUUUAAAGAUAUUUUCAAUUGAAAAUAAAAAUAUAGGUUGAAAACAAGAAUCAAUAAAUUAAGAUGAUGAUCAGAUUAUUUGUGUUAAUGGUGGAAACAUGUAAUGAAGAAAUGAUAUUUUUGUGGAUAAAGAUGAAAUACACUAUUGUAACAAUAAAAUAUAUAAUAAACUAAUAAGU